AUGGCCUCUAUUCUUCGACAAAUCGUCGCUGGGCCCCGCGCUCGACAUGCCGACUCUGGCCUCGACCUCUCGUACAUCACCGACUACAUCAUCGCCACAUCCGGCCCCUCACAGACCUACCCGCAACGCGCCUACCGAAACCCGCUCGACCACCUCGUCGCGUUUCUGGACGAGAAACAUGGCGACAAUUGGGCGAUAUGGGAGUUUCGCGCCGAGGGCACGGGAUACCCUGAUGAUCUCGUUUACAACCGGAUACGACAUUAUCCGUGGCCAGACCAUCACCCGCCUCCGUUCAGAAUGGUGCCCAUGAUCAUGGGAAGCAUGCGCAACUGGUUGCACGGCGGGGACCUGGAUGCUCACAGUGACGAGGAUCUCCUGAAGAAGAUGGACGUGACGUCAGAGCGCAACAAGGACAGGGUCGUGGUGGUGCACUGCAAAGCGGGCAAGGGGAGAAGUGGAAGCAUGAGCUGCAGCUACCUCAUAUCCGAGGAGGGCUGGACGGCGGAGGAUGCGUUGGCGAGGUUCACUGCGCGAAGGAUGAGGCCACAGUUUGGGGCUGGCGUGUCCAUCCCUUCACAACUACGCUGGGUGGCAUACGUCGAUCAGUGGACCAAGAACGGGAAGCAGUACAUUGACCGACCGAUCGAAAUCGUGGAGGUGCACGUCUGGGGGUUAAGAAACGGUGUCAAGGUGGACAUUGAGGGCUUCAAGGACGAGGGGAAGAAAAUAUCGACCUUUCACACAUUUACAAAGGACGAGAGGGUGGUCGUGGAGGGCGACGCGCCUCCAGGUCCGGGAUUGAGCGACGUGGUCUGGGAGAUGGCAGGCUACGCCGCCGACAAGACGAAGCAGAACAAGGCGCCCGAGGAGGCGGAGCUAUCGGAGGCGACGAAUCCUGGGGACGACGACGCGUCGAGCGAAAGCAAGGAACACAAGCGGAGGAAACGACCGACGGAGCUCAUCAAGAUGGCAUCGUCCACGUCAGCACGGCAGGUCGGCAAGCUGAAGAGUAUGACCUUUGCCGACCAGAGAAGCCUCGACAGCGAGGAGGAAGAGGCGGAACCUGGUGGCAUGGCCGUCAUCCUCAAGCCGAAGACACCCGUCCGCAUCCCGACGAGCGACGUCAACAUCUCCGUCGAGCGGCGAAACAAGACCAACAAGAGCAUGGGGUUGACCAUGGUCACGGCCGUGGGGCAUGUGUGGUUCAAUGUAUUCUUUGAGGGCCAAAGGUCGGAAAACGAUAACAAACCGGAUACAAACGGUGUCUUUUCAAUAGACUGGGACGCCAUGGACGGUAUUAAAGGAACAAGUAGGAAAGGCGCGCGCGCGCUGGAUAGACUGGCUGUGGUGUGGCGGGUAGCAGGCGAGGACGGAGAGUCUGUGGUCGAGCCUGAGUUGGGAACGCCCAUUGCACAAAACCGACCAGCCCCGUGGACUGGCGAGGUCGAUAAGGAGAGAGACCUGGGCCUGAGGGUGCAGAGCCCCGACAGCAAGGACGUCAGUGAGGGCAGCAGCGUGAAGAGCGCGAGUGCAGCCGAGCCAGGAGAGAGCAGGACCAAGGGCGUGGAGCGCGUGGAUCAGGACAGCGAUGUACAGUCUAUCGAUAAAGUCAGGAGCAGUGGGCCGACGGGGGACAUUUUAGAAGAGGAGGGUAUUGAAGGGGAGGAUAAAGCUGAAGGUGGUGGUCAAGGCGACAUUCAAUAUUCCACGUGUAAUUCCAAUGCGGUCCAGUGGUGA